UUUCCUUUUGAGCAAGUGCUUUCCUGCACUAAUCACAUUUCGUAGAGGAAGAGAACUUGACAUCGUGUGAGCACGUCAGCUAUUAAAUGUACCCCUAAAAGACCUCAGAAUGAGAUUUCUAGGGGAGAUCAUUUGGCUUAUAUCGUGGGCGGUUUGUGUUGCACAAGAUUGCAAAGAACCCCCUCCAAGAAAACAAACUGAAGUGUUGUUAGGUGCCUGGACUGCACAAACAUAUCCAGAGGGCACUCGGGCUACAUAUAAAUGCCCACCUGGAUUUAGAACUCUUGGAGCUAUUAUAAUGGAAUGCAAGAAUGGACAAUGGGAGUCUCUUAAUCCAUUGAGGAUAUGUCGAGAAAGGCCCUGUGGACAUCCUGGAGAUACUCCUUUUGGUUCUUUCCAACUCGAAAGAGGAGAAGAGUUUGUAUAUGGUGCAAAGGUUGUUUACACAUGUAAUGAGGGGUAUCAGUUGCUAGGUAGGAUUAAUUUCCGUGAGUGUGAACCAGAUGGAUGGUCCAAUGAUAUUCCUCUUUGUGAAGUUGUUAAGUGUUUACCAGUGACAGAACCAGAGAAUGGGAGACUUACCAGUACUGCGUUGGAACAAGACCAAGACUAUACUUUUGGACAAGUAGUACAUUUUCACUGUAACGCAGGCUACAAGCUUGAUGGGCCUGCAGAAAUUCAUUGCUCAGCAAAUGGUGUUUGGAGUGGAGAAACACCAAAAUGUGUAGAAAUUUCCUGCCAAAAGCCACAAAUUGCAAAUGGACAGUCUUCUUCUCCGAAGCAAGUUUACAAGGAAAAUGAACGACUUCAAUAUAAAUGUAACAGUGGUUAUGAAUACAGUGAUAGAGGAGAUGCUGUAUGUACUAAAUCUGGGUGGACUCCAAGUCCUUCAUGUAAAGAAGUAGUAUGUGGUCCUCCUUAUAUUCCAAAUGGUGACUACACACCAAAAGCCAUCCAAUACAGACCUGGAAAUGAAAUCACAUAUUACUGUAAAAAGAACUUUUAUCCAACUGGUAGAAAUAAAGCAAGAUGUUCUGAUAAACGCUGGGAACCUCCUCCAAAAUGUUCUUUGAAGACCUGUGAUGCUCCAGAAAUAAAACAUGGACAGUUACACAUUGGAUUUAGGUUUACAUCACCCUUUCCAGCAGCAUUAGGAGUACGUUUUUCCUAUACCUGUGAUACCAAUUUUGUGACUCCUUCAAAACAUCAUCAGGGACAAAUUACUUGCACACGGAAAGGAUGGGACCCAGAAAAACCAUGCCAGAGACAAUGUAUUUUCAAUUAUUUGAAAAAUGGAGAUUAUCCAAGACUUGCAGCAAAAUAUUCCCAAGGUGAAUCUGUGAGAGUUAAAUGUGAUCCUGGUUACAGUCUUCAAGACAAGCAGACUAUAAUGACAUGUACAGAGAAUGACUGGUUCCCUCCUCCCGAAUGUAUUUCUCUCAAAAGAUGCUCAAAAUCAGAGAUAACAAUUGAAAAUGGAUUUUUUUCUGAAUAUGAAUUUGCAUAUUCCUUGAAUCAAGAAACAAAAUAUCAGUGUAAAUCUGGAUAUGUAACACCAGAUGGUAAAACGUCAGGAUCAAUUACAUGUCUGGAAAGUGGAUGGUCUCCUCAACCCACAUGUAUUAAAUCUUGUGACACGCCAGUAUUGGAGAAUGCCAGAAUCAGAAGCAAUAGCCAGUGGUUUAAAGUCAAUGACACGUUGGACUAUGAAUGCCUUGAUGGAUUUGAAAGCAGAGAUGGGCGCGCAGGUUCCAUAGUGUGUGGUAAUGACGAUUGGUCUCAUAAACCAGAAUGUUAUGAAAUAGAAUGCAAGGUUCCAGAAGUAGAAGAAAACUUAAUUGCUAACCCCAGAAAGGAGAAAUAUAGAGUUGGAGACACGUUGAAAUUCUCCUGCAAACCAAGACUUAAAAGAGUUGGACCAGAUUCAGUUCAAUGUUACCACUUUGGAUGGUCCCCUAAUUUUCCAACAUGUAAAGAGCAAACAAAACAGUGUGCUCCACCUCCUCAACUCCUCAAUGGGGAAGUUAAAGAAACACAAAAAGAAAUCUAUGAACACAAUGAUUUGGUGGAAUAUGUUUGCAAUACUAGAUUUCUGAUGAAGGGUUUUAAAAAAAUUCAGUGUGUUGACGGACAAUGGACAGACUUGCCUGUGUGUAUUGAGGUGGAGAGUACAUGUAGAGAGAUACCUGAACUUCAUUAUGGCUCUGUUGUUCAGUCUUCUGUCCCUCCCUAUCACCAUGGAGAUUCAGCAGAGUUCAAUUGCAUGGAAGACUUCACAAUGAUUGGACACAAGUCAAUUACAUGUCUUAAUGGAAUGUGGACCCCACUUCCUCAGUGCAUCGCAACCAAUGAACUUGAAAAAUGUAAAUUCAACUUGACCAAACAAACACAACCAUUAAGUAAGACUGUAUAUGAUCAUAACAAGAAUGUAAGUUAUAAAUGCAGAGGAACAAUAAAGCUGAAACACUCAACAUGCAUAAAUGGGCGAUGGAACCCCGAUCUAAGCUGCACAGAACCUACUAGAAAAUGUGCGUCUCCUCCAUCUAUUGACAAUGGAGACAUUACCUCAUUCCCACUAGCGGCAUAUGCACCGGGAUCGUCAGUAGAGUACCAAUGUCAGAUCCUCUAUGUACUUCAGGGACCCCAGACCAUAACAUGCAGAAAUGGAAAGUGGUCAUCACCACCACCAAGAUGCUUAGAGCCCUGUACAGUAUCAGAAGAAAUCAUGAGAAGACAUAAUAUACAAUUUCGAUGGUCUUAUGAAACAAAAAUAUAUUCUCGAACAGGGGAUGUGAUUGAAUUUGACUGUCUCUAUAGAUAUCAUAAAAAGACACCAGCACAUACAUUCCGAGCCACGUGUCAUGAUGGGAAACUGUUAUAUCCUGAAUGUGGAUAAAACAAUGAUUAAGAUGCAGUCCUAAAAUUAAAAUACGUACGUUUACUCAGAAUUUUUCAUUAUCAAUCCAAUUCUCAGUUUAUUUUUCAAGUAUUGUGUAACUCAUUUAUAUUCAUAAAUCAGAAUUUGUAUUGAAUAUUAUAUGCAUGAUGUGAUGAUAAUCAGAGGGAGGAAUAAAUCACUUCUUAAAAGCACCUCAUU